AUGUUAAGGAAUCUCGACCCAAAUGUAUACGACAUAGCGUGUAUACAGGAACCCUUCCUCAAUACUGUUAACCUAGCUAACGCAUCUAACUUAAGACAGUUUUGGGAUGUCAUCUAUCCGACCGACCACCACACCGGCGCAGGAAGAUCGCAAACCAUCACCCUGGUUAACAAGAAGUUAUUGAAGAACAACUGGCACAUAAUACCUGUAAAAUCACCAAACAUCAUAGCACUAGAGCUAACAGGUCAAUUUGGGAAGGUGCGUCUGUACAACAUCUACAAACCCAUGCGAUAG